UUUCACGCAUACCUAACUGCAGAAGCGUUCCUGGAAAGUCGCCUUCGACAUCACGACGAGAUGCGCAGAUCCCGCCGAGACAGAACACAAGGAAAGCAGGGAGUGGACAACCACGACCGCGACUCUCCUGGAGCCUUUAAUUCAGCCGUCGGCGGAAAGAAUGACAACCGGGGACUCAAUCACCAAGCAGUAACUGGAGCUCAAAACGCGUGGUAUCAGAAAUGGCCAAAGGGCAUCCGAGUAAAGAGGAAACCUCAAUCUUCAUCAUUGCCUGUAGCGUCUGAACCUGGCGCUCAUUGGGAAUAUGAAAAGCCUGCUGUGCCAGUAGCGCCCAAGCCAUCUUACGAAGCCGACUAUGCACCAGCGAUAUCCCGAGGGAACAUAGGCCGCCGCCCCGCAAAUGAAAACCCGCACGUAUCACAACUACGGGAGCCAGCAUCAUUCGAACUACCGGCGACACAAACCGACUAUACAUCAGACCUACCUCUAAACAUUGGUGAUAAUCUCGCACACGAAGACCCUCAUGCAUCGCUGUCACAAAAGCCGGCGUCAUUGGGCUCAACGGAGGAAAACCCCAGUACUUUCCUUCAAGAUGACGACAACGAGGAGCCCGUGGAAGAUUCUAAUGAACACACCGUCAACACUGGAUUGAAUGAAGCAGAUGCUUCGAAGCAGCUGUCACAGAUCCGCGACCAUCUCUUGCAAGCCGCGCUCGACUGCCGAGACCUGAGAGGACCUAAAGGCGAGUCUCCAGAGGCCGCCGUAGUUCGGAUACUUCAGCUAUGUAAAAUGCUCACGGGCGGCAUGUGGGACUUGGAAGAAAGGCUGAAGCCAAUGGAGGCGAUGAAGCGGGAGCUGCUAGAUCUCAAGAAUCAGCUACGGCACAGCAAUACGCGAAAGCUUGAUUUAGAGAGGACACUAGACGCUUUCAAGACUGAUGAGUCCAUCCAGAGGACGCAGCAUGACCGGAAGUUGGAUCAACUCAAUCGAGAUAUUGCGAAGCUGAAAUCAGAGAAAGAAGAGCUGAGCAGAACUCAUGAAAGUACACUGAACGGAGAGAGAAUCAACUUCCGACGCGACCUGAGCCGGCUAAGUGACAACCACGAGGAUGACCUUCGACAAAUGCGCGAAAGUGCCGCUGUUGAGGAAUAUCGGCAUGAACAAGUCAUCCAGGCAUUGCAGUCAGAGUGGACCGAGCUUCUCAAAAUCAGGCAGGCAGGAUUUGAGCAGCGCCUUGAGAGCGAGCGUUUUGAAGCUAGACAAAGGCUGAAGAGAGAACAGCAGGAGCAUGAAAGUGAGAUAGCGGAGAUGCAGGAAGAGGUAGACGAGUGGAAGGAGAAAGAAGAAGUCCAGAAACUCGAAGCUCGCCAACGGCUGGAGACCGAACGCGAGGAGCAUCAAAGUGAGAUAGCUGAGAUGAAGAGAGAGUUAGAGGAGUGGAAGCAGGAAGCAGAAAUCGAGAAAGCACGAAUUCAAAAAGAAGCCAAGGUUAAAGAAAGGAAGCGCGAACAGCAAUUCCAAGCCGAUACGAUGCAACUGCGGGCCGACAUCGAAGAGUAUAAAGGAGCACUGGUCGCGAGGGAACACUUCAAGGGAUUCACCGAUCCGGAACUGAGUACGCGAUUCAAGCGUCUGGCGGGCCAAGUGGAAGAGUUCUCGAGAAUUCGAUGGGAUAACCGGCGAGAGGAGGGCUGGCCGUUUCCGGAGCAUGUCCUAUCGCAGUUGCAUCCAGAAAAUACGAGAAAGCUGAAGCAGCAGAUUGUGCAGAAUUGUCUCUGGGUAUUACUCCAUGCGCACGUCUUUCGGACGCCGUUUCGAAUCAUGGGAGAGGAAGGGAAAGAUGCCGAUAAGGAGUGGCUCAAUGUUUAUGCAGCACGGCAAUCGUCGGCGAUCAGUCCGUCAGGAGCUUCCGCCGAAGCAGAGAAAAGGCGAUAUGACGCCGCAAAGUCCUUCCUUGAAAAUAUCGAGCGCGGCAAUAAGAGCCUAGAGGCAGAAAGAAGUCACAGAAGCUACGAGGUUGCGGCUGCCGCCGCGGUGGACGCCAUGACGCGUCCGCUGGAAAAGGUCGCCGCUCUAACUUUGAAGGAGCGUCAGGCGUUGAAAGAUCUGGUAAAUUUAUCUGCAAAGACGUGGUUAGAGACAUGCACCCAGCGCUUUCGUUUGCACUUAAUCCUUCCACCGGCUGCUACAGACGUCUUGGGUGCGCCGAGUGGGGGCCGCAGAGUUCUCAGACUGGUGAUCAGACCGGAGCUGAAGCGGUUUGGGAACUCUGCUGGUCAGGGAAUGACAAGAGAGGAGGUCAUCCCUGGUUGGAAGGGCGUUGAAAUCGUUUACGAGUGAAUGGCUGGCUCGCGAA